UGUUUGCUGCUUGCCUGCCUGCAAGCAGAGUCUGGACAGGACUCUCCAGUGCGCCCAUUGCCCAGGAGGGGCGGGGUGGGUGGCAGAGUAUGGACAGAAGCGGAGAGGGAGAGAGGAGAGAGGAGGGCAGGACUGGCAGGGUGCGGUCUGAAGUGGCAACAGAUCGCUUUGGAUCAGUCAAAUCCUUUCAAUUCAACUGGAAAGCUGCAGCUUGUUGCACGCCGGCCGCAGAUGGAGAGGAGACGCUUUCAAUCCAGAGAAAGGACCAAACAAACGGCGGGCAAAAGUGGCUGUUGUUGUGACAGUUUCCCAGAGCAAAAGAAAGAGAGGGAGAGAAACCACAACACUGCAACUUGAGUAUCAGUCACUGCUCUCUCUCUCUCUCUCUCUCUCUCUCUCUCUCUCUCUCUGUUACUCUCUCACCCACCAUAUCGACUUUGAACCUGUUUGUUUAAAUACACGGACUUUACAGCCUGCACACUUACUGUUGAUUCUGCAAGGCGGAGGGAGCGAAGUUUCUCAAUUUGGGUCAACUUUUUGGAGUUGUUACAAACUGUUUGGGGUCCUCAUGGUGCCUGGAGCUGCCGGGGUGAGCUUCUUUUAUCCGAGUUUUUCGGACGUGAUGUUGCGACAGUCACAAACGAUGGAGUCAGGACCUGAGCCGGGGAGGUACUGAAGACAUCUCUCUCCCCCGGGAGAGUCCUCCCUCCCCCCCGGGGCGAUGCGGAUCUCCUUCCUCCUUCUCACCGCCUCUCUGUGUGCCUUGGUCCUCCUCCUCGCACCUGCCUCGGAGGGCUGCGGGCCGGGGAGGGGGCACGGCAAGAGGCGGCCUCCGAAGAAGCUCAUCCCGCUUGCUUACAAGCAAUUCAGCCCCAACGUGGCCGAGAAGACAUUGGGAGCCAGCGGUAGACCCGAGGGCAAAAUAACGCGCAACUCCGAGCGCUUUAAAGAACUGACGCCGAAUUACAACACAGAUAUUAUUUUCAAAGAUGAGGAGGACACCGGCGCCGACAGGCUCAUGACCCAGCGUUGUAAAGACAAGUUAAACUCUCUGGCCAUCUCUGUAAUGAACAUGUGGCCAGGUGUUAAGCUGAGAGUGACCGAGGGCUGGGAUGAGGAUGGUCAUCAUUCAGAGGACUCGCUGCACUAUGAGGGACGUGCUGUUGACAUCACCACCUCAGACAGGGACAGAAAUAAGUAUGCCAUGUUGGCCCGGCUGGCUGUAGAAGCUGGAUUUGACUGGGUCUACUAUGAGUCCAAAGCCCACAUUCACUGUAGCGUCAAGUCAGAACAUUCUGUGGCAGCCAAAACCGGUGGCUGUUUCCCUGGUAAUGCUGAGGUUAUCCUUGAGAGCGGGGUUACUAAACAGAUGCGAGAGCUUCAACCUGGCGAGCAAGUCUUGGCCUCUUCAACAACCGAUGGUCACGGACCCCUUCUCUACAGCCCGGUCUUAUCCUUUCUGGACCACCAGCCCAACAUCACAAAGAUCUUCUACAUCAUUGGCACCAACACAGGACUUAAUAUUACUCUCACAGCUGCUCACUUGAUCUUUGUCACAGUCUGCACUGGUGGGCUGAGUAAAUCAAAGUGGGAGGACACAGCCGAAGAGCAACUUUUGGGUUCCAUACGGGAAGGCAGGCCUAGCUGGGAAGCAGGUCUGAGGACAGUUUUUGCCAGUGAGGUCCGGCCAGGACAUUGCCUACUUACGUCACAAGGGAAUACAGGGUUACCGGCAACACUUUCAGUUGUGACCUUUGUAGAAGAACAGAGGAGCACCGGGCUGUAUGCCCCACUAACGCAGCAUGGCUCCAUAGUGGUAAACGGUGUGCUGGCAUCCUGCUAUGCUGCUGUGGACAAUCACCAUUUGGCCCACUGGGUCAUGGCCCCACUGAGGUUCUUCUACAGCCUGAUGGGACCCUUAGAGCUGCAGACCGACGGCCUGCACUGGUACCCUUGGCUUCUACAGAGGCUGGGGCAAAUGCUGUUGGAUGCUGGACAUUUCCACCCCUGGGGGAUCGAGCAAGGACACAGGCAGGAGCCAGAGAGCCUUGUUUCACACUGAUGACUA